UUUUAUUUUUUUUCUUCUUUUUGUCGAUCAAAUCGAUAUUUGUAUAAACCCCAAAGAAUCAUCUGAAGCAUCAAUCAGCCAUGACGCUUGGUUCAGGAGGAUCUAGUGUUGUGGUCCCUCGCAAUUUCAGAUUACUGGAGGAACUUGAACGUGGGGAGAAGGGUAUUGGAGAUGGGACAGUGAGCUAUGGUAUGGAUGAUGGAGAUGAUAUUUAUAUGCGUUCUUGGACUGGCACCAUUAUUGGUCCUCACAAUUCUGUGCACGAAGGCCGCAUUUAUCAGUUGAAGCUAUUCUGCGACAAGGAUUAUCCGGAGAAGCCACCAAGUGUCCGUUUCCACUCUCGAGUUAACAUGACGUGUGUCAACCAUGAAACCGGAGUGGUGGAACCAAAAAAGUUUGUUUUGCUUGCAAAUUGGCAGCGAGAGUACACUAUGGAAGACAUACUGACUCAACUGAAAAAGGAAAUGGCUUCUCCCCACAACCGUAAGCUAGUUCAGCCCCCCGAAGGCACCUGUUUCUAGUGUUAAGGGCAAUAACAUAUAGGUCUUGUCAACUAUGUGCGAAAUUGUACCGCUGUGUUGUCACGUUGGGAAUUAAAAUGUAAAAGGGUUGAAUGCCUGAAGAGGCUUCUCCUCGUACCUCACAAUUGUACCCCUUCUACUUUUCGUUUUCUAAACUUUUGUCUAUGCUUGCUGCUGUUUUAUUAAUGGAUCUGGUUCUUGUGCUAUCCAAAUCAUCGUCGAUUGCUUCUU